UAAUUCCUAUACGUCUACAAUGUAAAGUAUUUUUAUGCGACUUGGUGUUAUAGUCUUUGGUUGUAAUCAUAGAGAGCAAAACGGAACACAGCAUUUUUUCUUGGCCUGGCCUGUACCUGUACAAGUACGGUAAUUCUAAUUAAACUGAAAGAAUUUGCCUUUGUCGGAAAAUGGCUGCUCUUGUCGUUCAAUCUCGCUUUGCCGGUCUGAAAAUAGAGGACGAUGACCAUACCGCUAAUGAAAACCAGAAAUCUAAAAAGACUAAAGGAAAUCCUAUAAAGAAGUUGGAUUCUGCUAAGAAACCUAAAAGUUCCAAUAAAUCUCAGCCUUUGACGAAAAAGCGCAAACAAAAGCCAGUGGAGGCCACUUCUGAACAAUGGGAAAUGUGGAAACAGAAAGAUGAAGAAAUUGUUGUUGGAAAUUUUGAAUCCCAGAUGCAAGAGGCAAUACUUUUAUCUAAACUGGAUUAUGAAGAGAAAAAAGAUGUUUACAAGCAAAUAAAAAGAGAUGCUGAGAUUGAAAAGAAGAUAGAAGAACAAUCCCGUGCGGGAUCCAAGAAACAGAAGAAAAAGCACGUUAUGAGUCUGGAACAGUUCAAUGACCUGGUGACACACGGAGAAGAACCAAACUUUAUCGAUGUAACAUCUGUAAAGAAUCCUGAGGAAGAACUAAAACAACCUGACAAAGAUACAACAUUUUUUGACAGAAUACAGACAGAAACCAAGAAUGAACUUUUGAAAGACAAAAUUAUAGAUAGAGUGUUGAACCAGACAGUGCCGGACGAAGUUAUCACUCGACUACAAUUUACUGAAACUCUGGAAAAGAAGGAUAAGGAGAUAUCUGCUUUGAAACAGCAGGUUAUGAGCUUGAAGGACGAGCUUCUUACAGUGAAGUCGAGGAAUAAGAAACUUUGUAAUAUACUUGGACAGGGUGAAAUGAAAGACAAGGCGGAAAUUUUGGUGGAAGUGGAGCGUCUCCGGUGCAUGCAGUCGGAGAUGACGUCAGAGCUGGCCUCACUGCAUCAAGACCUGGAGAAGGAGCGCUCGAGGAACGCCGACCCGCGCGCUAAAGAUAAGAGAUAUGGCACUAAAAAGAAAAACAUACGAUUUGAUGUUUCGUCCGAGGCGAUCUUGUCAAAAGACACCAGCUCUGGAACAUCUUAGUAUACGAAGUAGAUGUUAAACAAUUUAUAGAAUUUAAUUGAAGAUCACAAAUAAAUAAUUGGAUUUGUCCAACUAACUAUUGUUUAUAUUUUUUUAGUAGUUCUUUUCUAGUUUUCAGAAGAUAAAAGCGGCAAAUGUUGAGCAAGACAAAUAAAGUUUGAACAUUUGUCUGGUUUUAAUUUAGAUGUUUUAAUGGUACUAUAUAGCUCUCUAAGAAAAGGAUAAGUUUAUUUUAAGUGGUCAAUUUUAUGAUUGAAUAUGACUACGGAGUUUUUCUAUUUUUUUUUUUGUUAUUUUUUUAUGAUUGUAAAAAUGUUAUAUGCCACAAAAUGUUUUAACAAAGCACAAUGUUACAUUUUAAAUUAAAUAUUUUAUAGUGGAGUUAAUUUGGUGCAUUUUGAAAACUAUAUUUUUGUAGAGUAUUUUUUUUUUAAAGUCUGUAGCAAAUUCAAAUUAGUUUGACCUUGAAGUGUGCUUAAGUAUAAGACUUUGACUAUUUUCACUAUUUUCCACUGGUAAGUAGUUUAUAAAUAAGACUAAGUUAAAGAGUUUCUUAAAUUUCUAUUACAAUAUUGCCAUACACUUUAGAUCUUGAUAAAUGAAAUAAAUUGCAAUGAAACUCAAAUAUGUGCAGAUCUUUUCAAAAAUUUUUUUUUUUCAAAAUUUUGACAUUUUAUUACAAUAAAUAAUCAGCCUGCACAAAGAGUUUUUUUUUAAAUGAAACUAAGAUAUUUUUUUAUUUACACAUUAUUAUAUACUGUAGACAAACAUGAAAAUAUAAAAUUGAUAAGUAAGUAAUGAAAGCGGUGCGCUGAAUUAGCGAUUACUAUGUUAAAUAUUAUAUAUUUAAUUGGAUAUCUUUUGGAAAUUUAGUAUGGUCGGAUGCACUCUUUAUGGCGUCUCCAAAAUAAGGUGCAAUUAACCCUAUGCGCAAGUCAUACAAGAAUCAAGCUCCACGCUCCUGCAUAACCAGGGACACCCAAUGAUUUUAUACGUCACUAGCGCGUCGAAACUGAGGCGAACAAAAGUGACGGCCUCCGUGACGCAGUGGUAUGCGCGGUGGAUUUACAAGACGAAGGUCCUGGGUUCGAUCCCCGGCUGGGCAGAUUGAGAUUUUCUUAAUUUGUCCAGGUCUGGCUGGUGGGAGGCUUCGGCCGUGGCUAGUUACCACAUUACCGACAAAGACGUACCGCCAAGCGGUUUAGCGUUCCGGUACGAUGCCGUGUAGAAACCGAAAGGGGUGUGGAUUUUCAUCCUCCUCCUAACAAGUUAGCCCGCUUCCAUCUUAGACUGCAUCAUCACUUACCAUCAGGUGAGAUUGUAGUCAAGGGCUAACUUGUAAAGAAUAAAUAAAAAAAAGUGGAUGAUUGACUUAAUUUCAUUUAGCCGCAUAGUAAACAACUAAAAUUAUUUAAACAAAUAAUACUUAAACAUUGUUAACAAUGUCAAGAUGAGUGUUGAUUAAUUUUUGCGGUGAUUUUGAUGCACGUAACAUAUCUAAUAUGUAGUUUAAAAUCGUUGGGGACACCUAUGAUCUUGUAUUGCGCGUCUCAAAUCAUGAUGUUCGGAAACGUCAAAAAAAUUGCAUCCGACUAUAUUUUUUUUUGUUUGUAUAUUAAAUGAACAUUUUGUGGUAAAUAAUUUAAUAUGUAAGUGUUACAAAUGAUGUUCAAUGUGUUGGAACAACACCAUAUUGUAAAAUUAUUUGCUGGUGAUUUAAUUUUUAUGUGUAAGGAUGUUUGGUACGUUUAAAAUCAUCAUGGCAUGUUAACAUUGGAAAGACAUUCCUGUAUUUGAAGGUUUUAUCAGAUUUUCGUGCGCACGCAACUUGGGAUCUCUUUACUUUUUCUGUGAUUGUAAUAUUAAUUUGUUCAACGUGUCACAAACUUUAACUGAUAAAGAUUAAAAAUAAAUCUUAAGUACAUCUACGUAUA